AUGGACUCCAUCCACGCCCUAUUCGCAACCUACGUACUCCCCGGAAGGCAGAUACCAGGCGACCUCACCCCAGCACAACCCCAACGCACCACCCCAGACGCAGACCCCUUCCAUAGCGGCGGAAGAAUCUACGAACUCAUCCGCCGCGUACAUAUCCUACACCAUCAAGCCCGGCAAGAACGAACCCUAACCGCGCAAACAAUCUCCCAGGCCCUACAAGUCUGGAACGAGCUCGAGCGCUGGGAUCCGUCCGAGGGAACCUCAACCCCCGAACAAUUCCGCUUAAACAACGCCUACCGCUCUGCUAUUUUCAUCUGGACCUAUUUCACGAUCUAUCCGAGGGAUAUACACGGGUGGAAACCGCAGGACGCGGUGAGGGAUAUUCUGGCUGAUGUCCCCGCGGUGGGGGAUGAUGGUGAGCUGGUGCGUCUUGCUGGGAUUCCGCUUUUCUUUUGUGCGUUGAGUGUGACGGAUGAGGGUGAGAGGGGGGUUAUACGGAGUGAGUAUGAGCGGGUUAGACAGCGUGGAGGGCGUGGGCUUGAUGCUUCGUGGGGGAUUGUGCAGAGGCAGUGGAGGAGGUAUGAUGCUGGGGAUCGGGAGAGUUGGGAUUGGGUUGAAUGA